GAAAAGUCCGAGUCCGUGAAACUAUUGUAUUCUGGCUCUUGCCUACGGCCGUACUCGAAUACGCGCCUCCACUCCGCAUUCAGAAGUCCUUGCGAGGUCACAGAGUGUGCGCAUGGCUCGGUGAGGAAAGACGCACUGCACAACAGGCCGCGCAAUGCAUUCGCACGUACGCCCCAGUACGCACAUCGCCUUGCGCCUGCCUUCGGGCAUCCUCAAGCUCGUGGAGACCACGCCCAAUACCAACAUCAACCUGGGCAAGUUCGGCACCUUCAACUCGAACCAGAUCAUCGGCCGCCCGUACCGCCUCACGUACGAGUUCCUCGAGCAAGAAGACCCGAAAGCGCAGCCGAAGCUCCGGGUCGUACCUGCCGCAGAGCUGCACGCCGAAGCUUUGGGCAGCGACCAUGCAGCACCAGCCGAGGCCAAGGACGACGAUGCGCCCGCAGAAGGCGGCGUUGCAUACGACAUCGUGGGCGAAGACGGAGAAGUCAUCAUGCGCAACAACCGCUUGACUGUCGACGACCCCUCACGGCAGACCUUGUCCAUGGACGAAAUCGAAGAACUGAAGAAGGCAGGCUCGGGCUCGGGCAAGGACAUUAUAGAAAAGAUAAUGGCAUCGCAUCUGGGCAUCGAGGAGAAGACACGAUUCUCGCUCGCAAAGUACACGCUGCGCAAGUCGCGCAAGUACCUCAAGCGAUUCACCGUGCUUCCACUCGACAUCCCAAUACUGACCGAAUAUGUUACCGAGAAAGAGGCAUAUAGGAUCAUGGAGCUGCGUGAUGACUCUCUGGGGUUGAUCUGCAGCUGGGCGAAUAUCCACAGUGGAGCAACGAGUCGCGUCAUGACUGCUGAGGAUGGCGCAAGUCAGAUUGGCGGAGGCAGGUGGCUUGUGGUAGAUGACACUGGUGGACUGGUAACAGCAGCGCUUGCCGAAAGAAUGGGGAUAUUGUACCCACCUACAGAAGAGGUAUCGUCAGAGUCAGAAGACGGAAAUGAGGAAGGCCUACCCGCAGAGCCAAACGGCGACACGCCCGCAAAUACUACACCAGCCGCACCCACGGCGCCCCCAACGACCACGACAGACGAUACCCACAUGCCCGACGCCACCACGGAUACCAUAGCAGGCGCACCCAACGGCCCAUCCACUUCGCAGCCCCGCAACCCCCGAAAACCCCGCCAACAACACAUCCCCCAAUCCUCCGCCACCACAAACACCCUCACUGUCCUCCACUCCAACAACCAACCCAACCUCUCUCACCUCAAAUACUUCGGCUUCGACUCGGGCGACCCCACCCCCUCGCACCCGCUCUACACGCACCUCAAGGCCCUCUCCUGGCUGCAACUCCUCUCCCCAACCGACGACCCCACCUACUUCGAGCCGGAAGUCAUCCCCGAAGAUACGCUAAACACGCUCAAGAGCUCCAAGCGCGGGAACUACUACCGCAAGCGGCGGCGCUGGGAGCGCACGAAGCGCGUGGUGGACGAGACGCGCAUGGGCGGGUUCGACGGACUGGUGGUGGCGAGCAGCAUGGAGCCGGUCACGAUACUGAAGGAGUGCGUGCCGCUGGUCAAGGGCGGGGGCCAGGUUGUCGUGUAUAGCCCAAAUGUGGAGCCGUUGGUGCAGCUUUGUGAUUACUAUAGCAAGGAGCGGAGGACGGCAUAUAUUGCGAGCCAGUUUGGGCAGCAGAACGGAAAGAGGAAGCAGAACGGGGUGGAUGAGGAGGAAGAUGAAGUAGAGGCGGACGAUGAGGAUAACUUCCCCGUGAACCCGACGCUGCUGCUGGCUCCGUCGCUGCAGACGGCGAGGGCCAGACAGUGGCAGGUACUACCCGGCCGGACACACGCUCACAUGACAAGCAAGGGCGGUGCGGAGGGCUAUCUUUUCACCGCGACGAGGGUGUUACCCAUUGAGGGCAAGGUAGAAGCCAGGGGGUUGAGGGGUGGGAAGAAGAGAAAGACGGGGACGGACACGUCUACACCGGCAUGA